GAGAUCUGAAGAGAAAUGGCAAGGGGGAAAGGCUUCCAUCAUGACGGCCUUAGAUGGUUAAGGUGAAGACCAGAAUGGGCAAACAGUUACAAACACUUGUAAUCAGCAUUCAAGAGGCCAUGGUAUGUAGUGUGUGUGUGUGUGGGGGGGGGUGUCAGGAACUCAAGAUCAGCCUAAGCUAAAUGCAAGAUAAGGAUGCUGGACAUGGUGCAUGACAUAAUUCUAGGCCUGGGAUGGUAAUGACAGGGAACUCAGGAGUUCAAGGUCACUCCUGGCUACAUAGAAAGUCUGAGGCCAUUUUAGGCUACAUGAGACCCUAUCUCAAAACAAAAGGUUAGGAGUUAUAUCUGUGUGUUCCGGGACCUGGUACUUUAGAGGAAGUAGAAACCGAUGAGGGCAGAUACCCAGUGGGGGUAGCGAACCAGCGUGCUCAAUGGGGAGGCUGGCUAUAAGAAAGGAUGCAAAACAGGGUCUGGCCCUGCUGAGGUCCUGGCUAAGGUCAACCCUGGGCCUUGCACCUUGAGAGUAUCAUCUUAGUACAUUAUGAGGAAAAGCCUCAGCAUCAUUGUGACCCGGUCACUCUCAGGACCUUCUGGCUCAUCCUGGCCGGCCGGUGGGCAUUAGGGGUAGUGGGCUGGGGGCCUAAGGGCCCUGGUGGCCCUAGGGACCGCCAUGGCCAUGGCAGAGAGGCCACGGCCUGGGUGGGCCUCGUAUCAAAACCCCAACCCCAACAACUGCCAGGACAUGGGGAACUCCAUUCUGCUGCUCUUGGGUCUCAUCGUCUGUAUUAACAUUGGCAUCAACUUAGUGACCCUGCUCUGGAGCCGAAUUCGCAUCCUCUUACACCGAAUGUUCCAUAUCAUUUGUGAAAAAGAAAGCAGUAAAUUAUCAUCACUUGGGAAGCUGGCCCAGCCCUUGAGGAAGCAGGCCUACCCCGAAGUCCAUCUCCGAUGUACCAUGGACCCUGUGAAGAUGACCGUGACCCCCCCACCCACUCGUCGUCGUCACCGCCACCGGGUGCCUCCCUCUCGCCGUGCCCACCGCCCAAUAGCUUGGGCCCCUGAUACUGAUGAGGAGAAACCUCCGCAGCAGCGCCCAGCAGUCUGCGCCCACCACUGGGAUCGCCCUAAGACUUGGGAAAGUUUCCAAUCUAUGCAUGAGAUCUGGGAACCUUGGGCUCAGGAUGGUCUAGAGCAACCUCCCCAGACCAUCCGCUUCCAGCCAACAGUAGAGGGAAGGCCUCUCAAAACGGAAAUCCGGUCAGAGCAGGGUCUGGAGGCCUAUGUAUAUACCGUGAACCCUCCGCCUCCCAGUCCAGAGGCUUUGAGCCAUAAAAACAAUGCGACGGGGCCUGGGGGAGGUGCCGAGGGCGAGCAAUCACAGGGCCAGCCUAUCUCACCACCCUUUCUGGGUCCAGCAAAUGUCCCUGAAAUACCCCGGCGCCGUUCAUCAGGUAGAAUAGUCUAUGAUGCCCGAGAAGUGAGGAGAAGGUUACGAGAACUGACCCGAGAGGUGGAGGCUUUGUCCCACUGUUACCCCUUGGUCUCUGGAUCCAGCACAGCUGAGGGGACAGGCAAAGAUUGGGUGUAUCGUCCCCUGAAGGGAAGGUGACUAGGGACAAAAAAAAAAAAAAAAAUAAUAAAAAGAGAAAGAGGAA